AUGGUUUGGUUUCUGAUUCUCAUCUGGUUUGUCCAAGUGGGCAGUGUUCCCAUCGCCAAUUUCACAAAUGCUACUACUUCAAAUUCUGCUUUCCCUGCCACAGUGUACAAUUCUACAAACCCCAUCAACAAUUCUACAAAUGUGACUUUCACUGACACAGUGGACAGAAAGAGAACCAUACUAGCAGCGUUCAAGCUCAUUUCAGACCAGACGUGUAUCCGCUUCCACGAAUACACCAAUGAGAUUAACUACAUCGAGUUCAUCUCUGGGACAGGCUGUGCUUCGUAUGUAGGACUUCAGGGUGGGGCCCAGCCUCUGUACUUCGGUAGAGCCUGCAAUGUGGGGAACCUGUGUCAUGAGCUGAUGCAUGCCCUGGGCCUGCACCACGAACACACACGGCCUGACCGUGACCAAUACGUCACCAUACAGUGGGACAAUGUGGUCCCAGGAAAAGCAAAGAACUUUGUGGUGAAGAAAGGAGACACUCAGGACCUGCCCUAUGACUACGACUCCAUAAUGCACUACGGAACAUACUACUUCUCAUCAAACCGGAACCCCACUAUUGGCUCCAAGAAGAGUGGAGUCCAGAUUGGACAGAGAAAUCACCUGAGCCCCCUGGACAUAACACGCCUUAACAAACUCUAUCAAUGUGAAUAA